GAGGAUGGAGGGGGGCGGCGAGAGGCCUUUCCCUCCCCACGCGCGGCCAUAGCCCUCUUUCCUUCUCUCCGGAGCGUGCGGGGCGCGGUGCUGCCUUCCCCUCCGUCCCUCUCUCCCCACAGCCCCGUCCCGGCUGAGGGAGCCGUGGCGCCGCGCCGGGCCCGCGGUGCGCAUGGGCUGGGGAGGCCGGCGGCUACUGGCGCAUCUCUGGCUAUUAACGUUCCGCCGCCCUCCCCGCCGACGCGCAGCCGGGCGCUGGAAGGAGGAUGAGGGUGAGGAGUUGUGCCGACACCCGGCUCUCAGCGCGUUAUUGCCCACGACAGCGAAGAGGGAGCCGCGCACCAGAGACGCCGCAGAUUAUCGCAGACCAGUUGUGAUCACUCACUGUUUUUGGUCCUGAGCAAAUAGUUAAGAAACACUACACGGGAACCGGUGGCAGAACCGAGGCUCGAUAGAGCCGAGCGGGGGGUUUGGUUUUCCACGGACCUCUCGACGAGACUUUGUCCAUGAAGUACUGUCGUGACACAUGAGCCUUCGUAACGCCAAUAGUUACCAAUGUCCUUUAAGCUCCUAGGAUUUCUUGAUGUUCAGAACGUCCCAUGUGCACGAGAAUCAGUGCUCUAUGGCUCUGUGGGAUCUUUAGUUGUGGGUCUUGGACACUUUUUAGCAACAAGUAGAGUUAGAAGAUCUUGUGACUUUGCAGUUGGUGGCUUUAUCUGCACAAUGUUAGGAUACUGGUUUUACUGCAGGUACAAUUUGGCCAAACAGAGGAUCCGGCAAAGAAUGCUUAAAGAAGGAAUGAGAAACAAACUUUUAUUUGAAGGCAGUUCUCUUGAUCCAGAAAGAAAAGAGACAGGCAGUGAAAGAAGCGAGUCAUAGCCAACUGUAAUCGGCGUCUAAUACAGCUUGGGGAGAAGGUGGUCCAAACUUGGCAGCCUUCCCUGUAAAUGUGUGAGGUGGCUAAAAACUGAUAAAUCAUUCUGGCUUUGCUGGCAAGAAAAUCAUAGCGAUUCUGUGAAGUGAGUAUAGAAAGCCUUUCUUUGUUUCGUGUGUGUGUGUGUGUGUGUGUGUGUGUGUGACUCUACACAGUUAGGAAAGGCCUCCCCUCCCAACACCUGGGAACUGAGGUGUUCUGUUAUCAGUGUCUCAGAGGGUUAACAACAGUGGGUUGGGACUGCUCCAGCUCUCCUUAGAAACAGAAUGGUUCCUUUUAGCAAAGUUGUAAUUACCUCUCCCAUAAAUACUAGAAAAUAGUUUCACCCACCGCUCUCUGAGUAGAUGUGUCUUUCAUUGGUAAUUGUGCAAUUUGUAAACCAGGAGCACUUGAAACAGUAGGGAAAGGCUUUGGUUGUGCAAGGUGGGUGAUGUCAGUAGCCUCGGUCAGAUUUCAGCUGCAGAACAGCUUCAGGUAAUUUGCAUCCACUAUGAAGUCGAAGGAUUUCCAUUUUUGCUCUGUCUGUGCGAAACUAAGAAUAAAAUCACACUUCAGAAGCGG